CGGUUCGCGCAUGUGCGAGAGCGAGCCUUGAAUUUUUGACCCGAGGUCUCGCCGUACCGUCCAGGCGGUGCGUUGCCUCCCGGUUUCGUCCCGUGUCCGUUUCGCGUCGACUCUUCGCGGUCCCGCCACAGUUGCUACCGGCACGAUGAACCGGGAGAGUUUCGCGGCCGGCGAGAGGCUAGUGUCGCCGGCGUACGUGCGGCAAGGCUGUGAGGCCCGCCGCUCGCACGAGCACCUCAUACGGCUGCUUCUCGAGAAGGGCAAAUGUCCAGAGGACGGUUGGGAUGAAAGCACACUUGAACUCUUCCUGCAUGAGCUCGCAAUCAUGGAUAGCAACAAUUUCCUGGGCAAUUGCGGUGUGGGAGAAAGGGAAGGGAGAGUGGCGUCAGCAUUAGUUGCUCGGCGUCAUUACAGGUUCAUUCAUGGAAUUGGACGAUCAGGUGAUAUUUCUGCUGUGCAACCAAAAGCUGCUGGUUCUAGCCUUUUGAACAAAAUUACCAAUUCUUUGGUCCUGGACAUCAUAAAAAUAGCUGGUGUCCAUACAGCAAGCAGUUGCUUUGUAGUGCCUAUGGCAACUGGUAUGAGCCUGACUCUGUGCUUCUUAACAUUGCGACACAAAAGACCAAAGGCAAAGUAUAUUAUUUGGCCACGGAUAGACCAGAAGUCCUGCUUUAAGUCCAUGAUCACUGCAGGUUUUGAGCCUGUGGUGAUAGAAAACGUUUUAGAAGGCGACGAGCUGCGCACAGACCUGCAUGCAGUGGAAGCUAAAGUCGAGGAACUUGGGCCUGAUAACGUGCUGUGUGUUCAUUCCACUACAUCCUGCUUUGCUCCCCGGGUGCCUGACAGGUUAGAAGAGCUGGCUGUGAUUUGUGCCAAUUACGGCAUCCCACACAUAGUCAACAAUGCCUACGGGCUGCAGUCUUCCAAGUGUAUGCACCUCAUUCAGCAGGGGGCCCGGGUUGGUAGAAUAGACGCUUUUGUUCAGAGCUUGGACAAAAAUUUUAUGGUUCCAGUAGGUGGCGCUAUAAUUGCUGGCUUUAAUGAUUCCUUCAUUCAGGAAAUCAGCAAGAUGUAUCCAGGAAGAGCUUCAGCUUCACCUUCUUUAGAUGUUCUUAUUACUUUAUUAUCACUUGGAUCAAAUGGCUAUAAGAAACUAUUAAAAGAAAGAAAGGAAAUGUUUUCAUAUUUGUCCAUCCAACUAAAGAAGCUGUCAGAAGCCUAUAAUGAAAGACUGUUGCAUACACCUCAAAAUCCCAUAUCUUUAGCUGUGACACUUAAGACAUUAGAUGAACACUGCGACAAAGCUGUCACUCAGCUGGGCUCAAUGCUUUUCACCAGACAGGUUUCUGGAGCCAGAGUUGUGCCUCUUGGGUCUGUGCAAACCGUGAACGGCUAUACUUUCAGAGGCUUUAUGUCACAUACAGAUAAUUACCCAUGUGCGUACCUCAAUGCCGCCUCCGCCAUCGGAAUGAAGACCCAGGACGUGGACUUGUUCAUACAGAGACUUGACAAGUGUUUAAAGACAAUAAGGAAAGAACAAAGUAGGGAGAGUGACGUGUCUGGAAUUGACAGCAGUGACAAAACGGAAGAUGUGGACGCUGAAGAACUCUACAAGUAGUAAUCAGAUUCUUGACACAUAGCGGGACCCUUCCUCAUGACAUGUGAGGGGGUUCUUUUUGCUAAUUUGAAAGAAACGAUGCGGCAACAGUACAGGAAGCAGUGUAAAGACAAGACUUGAGAUGUUUGGAUUGAGAAUGUCCUGGAGCAUGUUUGGUCAGGGAGUAGAAUAUGGCCUGAUUGGCCACUGAUGAUUGUUACAUUUCUUACUCUUACACUGCCUGAGUCAUUAUGAUCCUUAACACAUUACAGUAUGCAAUUAGCAUUUUUCUAAUUGUGAGAAUAUUUGCCAAUUAAGCAUUAUGAUUCAGAUAAUUCUUACUAAUGUGAGGGCAGGGUAAUUACCACAGUACGCUUUGAAAUGUGUAGACUGCUUCUUCCUGACCAUCUCUGCUGUUCACAGACCACUUAUGCUUCUGAUCACACUGAAUUUAGAGGGUCUCUAAUGCCACUAAGUACUAGAUGUUUGUUGGUACAUGCAGGUCACCAUAUGCCUGUAAAAUGGGAGGCAGAGUCAAGGUGUAAGCUGUGAUUUUCUCUCAGCAGCAAUGGUUCUCAACAGGGGACGAUUUGCUUAUAUCCAGGCAACAUCUGGGACUUUUCUGGUUGUUCUGACUGGAGGGAUGUUACUGUCGUCUGACAUCUCUCAGUGGACAAGAAAACUUCCUAAAACAAAGAAUUAUCCAGCCCCAAAUUUCAGCUGAGCUGAGGUUGAGAAACACCGCUGUAAAGCCAGCGAACUCCUCAAGUAACGAGUUUUCCGUAGCAACUUUAAUUGUUCACUAGUGCUUCAAAGAAGACAGCUCCAUAAUGUUAUCUCAGCAUAUGGUAGAGUCCUGAGUAAUAACCAGGGUUACCAGUUCUAAAUAUGUCAUUAUAAAUUGUUUUAUGUGGCACUUACAUGUUUUUCCAUUUGGGCAAGUGAAAACUUGAAUUCCACUGUUUUUGCUCUAAGCAGACUUUGUGUGUUGGUUGGUUUGUUCGGGUGUUGUGCAGAGCCACCAGCCAGAGUGGUUGGCCAUGGGUAUUUUUGAACACAUGUUUAGCUAGGGAGGUGAAAACGAUACAGGAUGAUCAACAGGUGUAAUCCCCCUCCCUCCCACAUGCUCGCUUUUUGAGUCUGAAAUCCCAGAAUUAUUGGCCGUAACAAGUGUUUGGUGGUUAAUUUUAAGAAAUAGAUAAUGUCUCACAGUCUGAGGAAUCGGUGAAGCCUCUGAACACACCAAGUAGGUGGUGAAGCCGUGUGUCCUGAGACCUGCUCUGUAGAACAUUGCUCCUGAGACGCGCUGGCACGGAUAAAAGGUUCUGCGGACAAAUAGUUUGGGGACUUGGAAAACCUGCCUAUCAGCAUAUUAAAGGCUCUGAGAAUUCCUUUGAAACCAGUUUGAAUGUAUCCUUAUUUGAAGACUUGAGUGCAUUGACCAUACUUUUAAAGACACCACGGGAGAGAAUCCUGCCUUCAUUUCUGGGUGGUGUUUUCCCGCUGACCUGGCGGUGUGAGCUGUGACGCCCGAGCUCAGACAGACACUGCUCCCGCUCGGGUGCGUCAGCCAGCACGCUUCAGACGCUGGCGUGGUGACAGCCUUGGAAGUCAAGGCCUGAGAUAAAAUACUCAGUUAUAAAUGUCACAAAAGUUACUUUUAAAUGAAUCUUUGGAGUUCAAAUACUUUAAAUCUGUUUUUAAAAAUAGGUUUAAUAGCUCAUUGUAAAGGAAUAAAUCCUGGAUCAAAAGGUCGUGUGGUGUUCUCCAUGUGAAUUCGGGGCUGAACUGGAGAACCCGUAAAGCUGGAGAGUCCCCACAGAACCUCUGGAGUCUGCGGAAGGGGGAGGAGGGCCGUGGCCGGUGCCGGUGCUGGUGGCGCACGGCCCCUCCAGGUAGGCCAGGGCUGGGUUACAGAAUAAGCGCUCUGUGCUGCGUGAUCGUCAUUUAGCUGAAGGAAGGCCAGAGCCGAGAGACUAGCAAAUGUGGUCUCAUCUGCAGUGUCUCAGCAGUUCUUGGGCUUUGGCUGCUGAAUAGAUAAUAAUUCUAAUUGAAGAUAAAUUACAUGAACCCACAUGUGAAUGAUAGAUACGUUACAACGUCUCAUUCCUGGUCCAUGAAAUCAGCUGCCGUUUUUAUUGUCAGUGCUUUCUUUUCAGAGGUUUUGGAAUUUCAGUUCUGUUCCUGCUGGUUUAAAUUCGACCUUGAGAUUACAGAAUUUCCUGAGUUUUUGAAGGGAUGUUAUGGGUUCUGUGUGUUCAGGCUUUCCUUCGCCCCCACCCUGGUGUCGUUUUCCCAUGUUCACUCCCGUUUCCACGUGUAAAUAUACAAGAGCAUGUACAGGCGGUUGUUCGUUUCAAAGUGCUAGUAUUGGGGGGUCACUGGCAACCCACAUAACUGGCCCUAGUUAUCCCGAAACUGUGGCAGACGGGCAGCGGAUGGUGCCUUUUCCAGUCGUUGGCUGGGGUGGCCUCUUCCAUCUUUAUGGCCCACCUGCUCUUCCCUCAGGCUGUCAGGUAGAGAUUUGGAGUUUGGUUUCUAAAGCCCUCGGGCUGUGGUAGUCUGCCCAGAAAAGAAAAUCCAAUACCACAAAGUAUUGUUUAGGUCAUUCCACGUUGUGUCGCUUAUACGCACAGCAGGGAAAGGAAUUUUAAACCCAGCUCUCCGCUCGGCUCUCGCCUUCUCAGCUGAUGAAUUCCCCCUCUGUCAGGGGAUGAUGUGUGAUGCCAGCCUUAGGAACUCAGUGUUCGACAGUAAAUCUUUCCACUUCGCUUUUUCUAUUAGUUGAAUAAAAUUAUAGGAUGUGAAUUAUUGAAUACAGUUCUGUUUAGCCAAUAGGCACUUGAUAUACAAAAUGGAAAAUUUAAAUAUAAAUUUUUCCAGUAUUUUGCCUUAGCACGUAACUCUGCCGUGGCUGUUUCUCUAACCCCCCAGAAGAACUUGAACAAGGCCUAAGCUCCAGGAUGUGCUUUUACUUUUAGGUUAUAUGCCUAGGGUAGGUUUUAGUGAAAUUUAAAUGAAACAAAAGUAAAUUGAAAAAAAAUAAAUUAAGCAAAGGCAAUUUUUUUUUUAGCCAGUGAUGUUGCUUUAAUAUUGGAUUAGUAGCUCCCUGUGAGAGUUAAAUUCUUGAGUUCUUUCAUGGAGGAAGAUAGCCAGCAAUUGACAAAAACAACAAACACCGGUGAGUCUCGUUCUUGUUACACUCAGAAAUUUUUCUGAAUACGAAUCCACUUGGUGCAUAUAAUAGCUGGGUUUUCUUUUCCAUUUUGUAAGAUGUACUGCUUUCUGCCAAACCCUUAAAUGGUUUUGUUAUCUUGUGCUUUUCUAAGACUAAUCUUAUUUUGUAAUCAAAAAGGAAUCCGGUUUAUGUACACAGCUGUUUGAUACCCUCUGAAUGCUUUGAUAAGAACAAUCGAAUUUGCUUUGUUAGGGAAAAACAAACAAACAACCUGUAAACCGUUUUUUUCCUUGUCUUUCACAUUGUGUUGAUGCUACGUCUUUUAUGGCUACUUAUAAUAUACAGGGCCAAGACUUACCCACUGUAUUCUUUUGUGCUUUUUUUUUUUUUUUCACUUUCCUGCUCCUUUUGGCCAUUAUGGUAUAUACACAUGUAAGGUGAUGACGAGUUCAAGGCUAAUGAAUAUAUCUUUAUAAUUUUUCACCUAGUAUUCUACAGUUCAGUCUAAAGCCUUAGGCAAAAUGGAAAUGUUUAUGCUGGGUUGUUUUUUCAAGUAGUAUCAACUUGAACUUUCAGAGAAGUGUGAAGAAAGGCUGUGUUUAACUGUAUGAUUGUGGGGAUUGUAGUCAUUAGAAUUGAAGCUGACACUAACCUGCUAAACUGUUUGUUUUACCACAAAAAGAAAGAUGUUUCCAAAAAUAUUUUUGGUGUAGACUGUUUAAAAAUGAAUUCUAUGAUUUAUUACAUGAAAUAAAUUUUUAAUAAAUCAUUGACUGUACAUUAUAUUUUGCCUCAUCAUUGCUAUAGAUAAAAUCUGAAAGUACACGUAACACAAAACUACUCGCCUAUUUCUGAUUCAGUCAUCGGUAUCACCUUGCCUAGAUACCAGCAAGAAGAGUCACACAUACCUUCGAUGAGAAUCAUGAGUCAUAGGGGGUGGGGGGGUGGUUAGAGUAUUUUAUUUAAAAAAAAAAAA